AUGAGUUCCAAUGACAAUGACAGAGCCUUAAUUAAAGGUGCCCUUGAUCUUGAUCCUUGGUUAGAACCAUUUCAACAAGGUUUAAUCUACCGUCAAAAAGAAUUCAGGAAAUGGUAUAAUCAAUUGAAUGAAUCUGAAGGUUCUCUUUUGAAAUUUAGUGAUUCUUAUAAGACUUAUGGUUUACAUGCUAAUCAACAAACUAAAGAAAUUACUUGUACUCAAUAUAUUCCAGAAGUUGAAGAAGUUAGUCUUGUUGGUGAAUUUAAUGAUUGGAAUGUUGAAUCUCAUAAAUUAGCUAAAGUUAACAAUUUCGGUCUUUGGUCAAUUACAAUUCCACCAAUUAAUGGUCAAUUUGCCAUUCCUCAUGAUUCUAAAUAUAAGAUUGCUAUGAAAUUACCAAAUGGUGAACGUAUCUAUAGAUUAGAUCCUUGGGCUCAAAGAGCUACCAAUACCAAACAAGAAGUUUUGUAUCAAGGUAGAUUCUGGAAUCCACCAACUUCUUAUCAAUUCAAGAAUCAAAGACCAAAGAUUCAUCGUCCUCAAGGUAUUAGAAUUUAUGAAGCUCAUAUUGGUAUUUCUACUCCAGAACCAACUAUUGGAUCUUAUAAGAAUUUCACGCAAAAUAUCUUACCCAAGAUUCAUCAAUUAGGUUAUAAUACUAUUCAAUUGAUGGCUAUUAUGGAACAUGCUUAUUAUGCUUCUUUUGGUUAUCAAAUCACCAGUUUUUUUGCUAUUUCUUCAAGAUUUGGUACUCCUGAAGAUUUGAAAGAAUUGAUUGAUACUGCUCAUGGAUUAGGUAUUAGAGUUUUGUUAGAUGUUGUUCAUUCUCAUUCUUCUAAGAAUGUUGAAGAUGGUUUAAAUAUGUUUAAUGGUACUGAUCAUUAUUUAUUCCAUGGUGGUCCAAAGGGUAAUCAUGAUUUAUGGGAUUCAAGAUUAUUUAAUUAUGCUAAUCAUGAAACUUUAAGAUUUUUAUUAUCUAAUUUGAAAUUCUUUAUUGAUGUUUAUCAAUUUGAUGGGUUCAGAUUUGAUGGUGUUACUAGUAUGCUUUAUAAACAUCAUGGUUUAAGUUUUGGUUUCAGUGGUGAUUAUAAUGAAUAUUUCAAUCCUGAUUGGGUUGAAACUGAAGCUAUUACUUAUUUAAUGUUAGCUCAUAAAAUGAUGGAAGAAUUAGGUCAACAACAAAAUAUUGAAUUAACUUCAAUUGCUGAAGAUGUUAGUGGUAUGCCAACUCUUUGUUUACCUAUUAGUCAAGGUGGUAUUGGUUUUGAUUAUAGAUUAUCAAUGGCUAUUCCAGAUAUGUGGAUUAAAAUCUUGAAACAUUUAUCCGACGAUCAAUGGGAUUUACAUAAUAUUGUUCAUACUUUAACCAACAGACGUCAUGGUGAAAAAUGUAUUUCUUAUUGUGAAUCUCAUGAUCAAGCUUUAGUUGGUGACAAAACAAUUGCUUUCUGGUUAAUGGAUAAAGAAAUGUAUACUCAUAUGUCUACUUUAUCUCCUUUAACUCCAAUCAUUGAUAGAGGUCUUUCAUUACAUAAAAUGAUUAGAUUAAUAACUUUUGGAUUAGGUGGUGAAGGUUAUCUUAACUUCGAAGGUAAUGAAUUUGGUCAUCCAGAAUGGUUAGAUUUCCCAAGAGAAGGUAAUGGAGAAUCUUAUCAUUAUGCAAGAAGACAAUUCAAUUUAAUUGAUGAUGAAUUAUUACGUUAUAAAUUCUUAUUUAAAUUUGAUUCUGCAAUGCAAGCUGUUGAUGAAAAUUAUGGUGUUUUAGAUACUCCACAAGCUUACGUUUCAUUAAAACAUGAAUCAGAUAAAGUUUUGGUAUUUGAAAGAAAUGGAUUAGUAUUUGUUUUCAACUUCCAUCCAACUCAAUCUUAUCCAGAUUAUAAGAUUGGUGUUGAUGUUGCUGGUACUUAUGAAGUUGUUCUUAAUUCUGAUCGUGAAGAAUUUGGUGGUCAUUCUAGAAUUCAAGAAGUUAAUGAAAAGGGUCAACCACAACAAUAUUUCACUAAUGAUGAUGGCUGGAACCAUAGACGUAAUUCUAUGAUGGUUUACAUUCCAUGUAGAACUGCUAUUGUUUUACAACUUUCUAAUAAGGUUAAAAAAUAG